UUUGGUUGUGUUGCUUCCGUUACAUUUGGGUUCCAAGACAAGAAAAGCGAAGAAGAAAGGGAGAAGCAGAGGCAACCAACGCCCCCGCCUCGCCUCCACCCAACGCGACGCCGCACCUGCCCGCAAACACCGAUUUUUCCCCCCAAUUCGAUUCGCCUGUCGAGAUCUAGCCGUCGAACCAUCUCCCCCUUCCCCCCCUGGCUGGCUAUGGGGAUCUCCCACCCGCUUUCCGAUGACUUCGCCGUCGUGCUCUCCCCGGACAGGUCGCCUCCGUCCUCGCCGACGCCGCCACCCGACGAGGACUACCUGGAGCACCGGGUUUCUAGGAUGGACACGCUCGCCGGCCUCGCCAUCAAGUACGGCGUUGAGAUAUCUGACAUCAAGAGGGCAAACAGUUUGAUGACUGACAGUCAGAUGUUUGCACACAAAAUAUUGCUCAUACCUCUACCAGGGAGACCCAUGCCAUCCUCUGUGAGGCUCAAUGGUUCUGGUCAAAGAACAAAGAGAGCGUGGGCUCCAAACAAUCAGAAAAACAGAUAUGUAAUGGAUUCACUAGACUCAUCCAAGCACAAGUGUUCUCAGCAGCAGAUGUCAGUCGCGAUGAGCACCUUGCAGACCUACUAUGGCCUAACUUCUCAAAAAGGAGGUAUUACAGAUGGUGGCACUGAGAUGUCCUUGUACAGUAAGGGAAGCUUAGAGCGUAUCAGAAGUGAAACAUUGGACAGUUCCUCUGGAUUACCAGACACACAUAAUACCGACAGAAGCGGGAACUCUGAAGACACGCGUAAUGGCUCUUCAGUAACAAAUGGUGCCGCUGGGACAAACACCAAUGGGACAACCAACUCAAAGCAAGAUGGAUCCAUGCGUCGGCGGCAGAAGGUUGAAGCUGAUCCCCAGGAUGAUGUUUUGUCUGACCCAAUUAAGAUGAUCAAGAGUUUGUUGCCAAGGCCAAUCUCUAGUAUCCGACUAAACAUGGACACAAGCAAUCCAGAUUCCAGCGUGAAGAGCAAUGGUUCAUUUCUGAGUGGAUUUAAAUAUGUGCGGAAGUCGCCUGUCACACCAAACUUUGCAGAUGCAGAGAACGGGAUCUCUAAGUGGUCAAGCUCGGCUUGGACUUUCAACCACGAGUCCUUCACACGGCCAUUGCUUGAUGGUCUUCCAAAACCCACAGCACCUAGGAGGACCAAAGCUGCUUUGGAUUAAACUGUGGCUGUUGUAGGUUCCGUUUCUCUGCGAUAGUCCCAACAUUCAUAUGCCAAGAAAGUGGGGGCUUUGUUUUCAGAGUUUUAUUUUGACCAUAGAGCAUUGGAUUUGCACCCGAUGAGAUACUGCAUUCUUCAUUGCCCCGAUCUUACAUUGCCUGUGGUAAAAUACAGAGCACAAUGCUUGCCAGUGCCAUGGGAGCAGGCGGUGGUUCUGGUAUAUAUACAAGUGCAUAGAUAUAUUUGUUGUAUUCUUUAUCCUGCUGUGUAGAUGAUGUGCUGCUAUAUGGAAACGACAGCACGGAGUUUACAGACAGAGGACCUAUAUAUGUACACUCGCGUACAUUUUAAUCGAGGCAUGCAGUUGUGUGUGUCGCAGCAAGUGCUAAUUCGAUUACCCUUUCUGUUAGUAUUAAUUAAUGUCAUUGUUAGUUUGUUCCAUAUAUAUAUCAGAAGAAGAUGGGAAUGUCAGGUAGUAUAUACUAUAUAAUACUGCCGCCAAAGGUAACCAGGGAUGAAU